UGACGCUGGCGGCUCGACAGUCUUUUCCCUCCUCGCUGGACGCUGCCCGGCUAUGCCGACGUUCCGCUAAACGCUCCUCCUCGGCCGCCGUAGUGGACUCUGCCGCUGGUUCUUCUUCUUCUUCUUCUUCUUCUGCUCGACACGUCCGCACAGCGUAGUUUAAGAAGACCUAUGCGGUCCUGCUAGCAGGGCAAGAUGUUCAACAAGUCAUUCGGCACUCCCUUCGGAGGAGGGACGGGGGGGUUUGGCACCGCGUCGACCUUUGGACAACAGAACACGGGUUUUGGGGCGACGGGAGGCUUCGGGACGUCUGCGUUCGGGGCCGCGGCCCCCACCGGAGGACUGUUUGGUCCCACACAGAAUAAACCUGGCGGUCUUUUUGGGUCCAGUACUUUCAGCCAGCCGCCGGCUUCCUCCACCAACACCGGCUUUGGCUUCGGGGCAACGACCGGCACUACGACCAGCUUGUUUGGCAGCACCGGGACUGGAACCACCGGCGGACUCUUCUCCCAGCAGAGCAAUGCUUUCGGAGCCAACAAACCCACCUCGUUUGGAAGCUUUGGGACGAGCACCAGCAGUGGCGGGCUGUUUGGGUCGACCAACACCGCCUCCAACCCGUUCGGUGGAGGUGGAGGUGUCGCCUCCCUGUUUGGAGGUGCGGGGUUCACCGCCGCACAGCAGCAGCCGGGAACGACUGUAAAAUUCAAUCCUCCAACAGGAAGUGACACCAUGGUGAAGGCCGGUGUGACCACCAGCAUCAACACCAAGCACCAGUGCAUCACCGCCAUGAAGGAGUACGAGAACAAAUCCCUAGAGGAGUUGAGGUUCGAGGACUACCAGGCGGGCAGGAAGGGUCCGACCAACCCGAUGGCCGCACCGACAGGCGGCUUGUUCGGCGCCACCGUGGCAACGUCCAGCGCCGCCACCGGCCUGUUCGGUGCCGCGGCCCCCAACACCAACUUCUCCUUCGGACAGAACAAGAGCACCUUCGGAGCAGCACCGGCUGCCAGCGGGUUCGGUGCGGCGGCCGGCGCCGGUCUCUUUGGUCAGCAGGCCCCCCAACAAGCCAGCAGCCUCUUCAAGCCGUUCGGUCAGACCACCACCGCGCCGAGCACCGGCUUCUCCUUCGGCAACACCAACACCAUGGGACAGGCCAACACCAGCAGCAUGGGUUUGUUCGGGAACGCGGCGGCGCCGCAGGCCGGCGGCUUGUUCGGCGCGGCUCAGCCCAGCACCGCCGCCGGCUUCGGGACCGCCACCGGACUGUUCGGACAAGCCAACGCCGGAUUUGGAAAUGUCGGCACACAGAGUUUGUUCGGUAAUAAGACGGCCGGGUUCGGCACCACCACCACCAGCGCCCCGUCCUUCGGCACCGGCACCGGGCUGUUCGGCAACAAGCCGGCCCUCACGCUGGGGACCGGAACCAACACCUCCACCUUCGGUUUUGGGGCUAACCCUGCUGCCGGGAGUCUGUUUGGGAACAAGCCGGCCACCGGAGGACUGGGGACGGCACUGGGGACCAGCUUCGGAGCAGCAGUGGGCGCAGGACAGACGUCUCUGUUUGGGAACAACCAAAGCAAACUGGGCGCCACACUGGGAACGAUGGGAACCUUUGGAGCGACGGCAUUCAACACCGGAGCCAGCACCCUGGGCUUUGGAGCUCCACAGCAGCCAGUCGCGCUCACAGAUCCGAGUGGGACGGCCUCCCAGCAGGCCAUGCUCCAGCAGCAGCUCAGCGUCCUGGCGUACUCGCCGUACGGAGACUCGCCGCUGUUCAGAAACCCGCUGUCAGACCCCAAGAAGAAGGAGGAGCGUCUGAAACCAACCAAUCCGACGGCCCAGAAGGCUCUGACCACGCCCACCCACUACAAGCUGACCCCUCGCCCGGCGACCAGGGUCCGCCCCAAAGCGCUGUCGUCAUCGGGGGCCUCCAAGUCGCAGCUCUUCGACGGCCUCGACGACGACGAGCCCUCGCUCACCAACGGAGCCUUCGUACCCAGGAAGAGCAUAAAGAAACUCGUGCUGAAGAACCUGAACAGCAGCCAGUACAACAGUCCAAUCAGCAAAGAGACGGACGACCUCGCUUCACCUCCAGAGUAUCCUCAGAACGGACACAGCCUCAUGGAGGAGGAGGAGGAGAUGCCGGGUGCCAGCAGCCCGGUGGACGACGACCCCGAGGUCACCCAGUUCUACGUCAACCCCAUCGCCAAGCCGAUCCCUCAGGGCCGUGUCCAGACCAGCCUGCAGGACACCAUCAGCGACCUCAACAUGCACAAAGUGGCCCGGAACGGCGGACUGGAGCUGAGCAGCGAGGACGUGUCUGCGUCUCUCGGGGACGAGUCUCUGCAGGAGGACAGAGAGGAGGAGCAGCAGGAGAUGCAGCAGUCUCCUCACCCGGCAGGCAUCGUUCUGAACCGUGUUGGUUAUUACACCAUCCCCUCCAUGGACGAUCUGGCUGAGAUGGUGGACGAAAACGGAGAGUGUGUGGUGGAAAACUUCACCGUUGGCAGGAAAGGCUACGGCUCCAUCUUCUUCCCCGGCGAGGUGAACGUGACGGCGCUGAACCUCGACGAGAUCGUGCACUUCAGACGCAAAGAGGUCAUCGUGUACCCGGACGACAAGAACAAGCCUCCAGAGGGGGAGGGGCUUAACAGGCGAGCCGAGGUGACUCUGGACGGCGUUUGGCCAAACGACAAGACGGCCUGCACUCAGAUCCGGAGCCCCGAGCGUCUGACGGAGAUGAACUACGAGGGUCGGCUGGAGAAGGCCUCCCGCAAACAGGGAGCCCGCUUCCUGGAGUACCGAGCUGAGACCGGAUCCUGGGUGUUCGAGGUGGCCCAUUUCUCCAAAUAUGGCCUCCAGGACUCUGACGAGGAGGAGGACGUGCCGCUCAAAACGGACCCAAAGAAGCUGAAGACGAUGAUGAUGUCACUUCCUGCCACCCGGCCGCAGCAGCUCCCCCCCUCCCAGCAGCAGGUGGCGCCACAGGCUCAGUCUACUGUUGCCGUGGAGAUCCCGGGGGGCAUGGCCGAGCUGGACAGCGACAUGGCCGACAUCACCCAGAGCUUCCCAACAGAGAGCAUGCUGGGAGGAGAGAUGGAUGACGACAGCGACCUGCCGACGGGGGAGAAGCUCGGAGGUCUGAUCCCCGCAGAGCACGACGGCGUCUCCGCGUCCGGCCACAUGGCGUCCUCGCUGGGGAUCAACCCGCACACCCUGCAGAUCAUGAAGGCGUCUCUGUUCGCUGAGGAUGAGGAGGAGAGCGACAUGUUUCAGGAUCACAGAGCCACGAAGGUGUCCGCCGACGUCUCGUCUCCUCGCCUCGUCGUGCCGGGAACCCAGAGCCGACCCUCCGUCGGCGGUCUCCUUCAGGCUCGUUUCACCUCGGGCCUCUUCUCUCAGAUGUCGGACUCUCCUCAACCCCCCCGCUCGUCACACUGGGCCGGGUCGGGACCCUCGUCCUUCCUGCUGCCCGCCCGGACCCCGGAGCCUUCGGUCAGGACGGUCGGCGUCCGGCGGCUGGGCGGCCCGGUGACCCUCAAAGAGUCCGUCACUCAAGGGAAGGGGAGUCUGUUGAUGGACGCCGGGCUGUUUAAGGGUCGAUCCUUCCGGGUGGGUUGGGGUCCCGGCUGGACGCUGGCGCACUGCGGCGACCGGCUGAGCUCGCCGCCGGCCAAACGGCUCGACCGCCAUGAACUCACCAAAACAGACUUCAGCUUCCUGCCAAAACCAGCCAGGAGCAAACCUCUGGUAGAGAGCCCCUAUAAGGUGGUGCUGGAGCAGCUGGUUGUUCUGGAGCCUCCAGGGAAGACCAGCGAGGAGGAAGACGAGGAGGAGGAGAGCCAGUCGGUGCUGCAGCGCCCCCUAGAGAUCUGUCUGAAGCACAGCACUGUGGACACCAGCGACGCCUCCGCCUGCCCGCUGGUUCGACCCCGGCACGGCGUGGCGGCGCUGCACGAGUACGCCGAGUGGAUCAGCGAGCUGAGCGACAAGCAUGGAGACGCAGACCCUCUCCUGGGUUACUGGGCCGAGGUCUGGACGUUGUGCGAGGCCCUGUGGGGCCGGCUGGGCCCCGCCGAUCUGGAGUCCGACGCCGAGAUGCCCGAUGCCGAGACGCCCGACGAGUAUGAGCAGCAGCUGGAGAGGAGGCGGACCUUCUCGGCCUGGCUGUCCCGCGGAGCCGCCUGCCGGGUGGAGGAGGAGGUGGCGCUGGCGGCGAAGGGUCGCCACACGGACGCCAUCUUCAGCUACCUGACGGGAAACCGCAUCAGUGAGGCGUGUCGGCUGGCGCAGAAGGAAGGAGACCACCGUCUGUCCCUGCUGCUGUCUCAGGCCACCGGCUCUCAGUACUGUCGGGACCUGCUGGCCCUCCAGCUCGCCGACUGGAACCGCAUGCAGACCGACAGCUACCUGCCGGAGGAGAGGCUACGCAUCUACACACUGCUCGCAGGGAAACCGGUGUGGCAGUCGUCUGAAUCCGUGGUGAACGUUUGCUCCGAGCUGGACUGGAAGCGCUGCGUAGCCGUCCACCUCUGGUUCAUGCUGCCGCCCACCGCCUCCGUGGCCGACGCCCUCGCCAGAUACGAAGCCGCCUUCCAGGGCUCAUGUGAGGGGGGUAAAUACGCCUGCGCCCCCCUCCCUCCGUACAUGGAGGCGGAGCAUCCGGACAUGGAGGAGGAGGAGGAGUCUAAACGAUCGCUGCACGACCUCUGCUUCCACCUGCUCAAACUCUACAGUGACAGACACUACAGCCUGCAGCAGCUGCUGGACCCUCUGACCCUCACCUGGGACCGUCUGGACUACCGGCUCAGCUGGCACCUGUGGGGCGUCCUGCAGGCGCUGCACUACAGCCACCUGAGCGCCUCGCGGCAGGGACUCCUCCACGCCAGCUACGCCGCCCAGCUGGAGAGCGCCGGCCUCUGGCACAUGGCCGUCUUCAUCCUGCUGCACAUCCCCAACGACACGUACUCAGCGGGAGCGAGCGGUGAGGAGAUGUUGACCCUGCACUGCCGCCUGCAGGAGACUGACGAGUCUCAGCGGAGGGAGCGCUUCCUGACGGAGAGGCUGCUGAUCCCAGAGCAGUGGAUCCACGAGGCCAAGGCCACCAGAGCACGCCGCGACGCCGACCACCAGCAGGAGGCGCUGCACCUUUACCGGGCCGGGUUCUGGAGCCAGUGUCACCGGCUGCUCAUCCAACACCUGGCCUCAGACUGCAUCAUCAACGACAACCACGACUACCUGCUGGAGUUCCUGGAGGGGCUGGCGGUCCCUGAACACAGCGCCACCAUCCAGGACUGGGACACGGCGGGGAGGGUUUACCUGGACUACAUCCGCGUCAUCAAGACUCUGCAGGACAUCCAGCAGAUGGAAAACGCCGGUUACGAGUUGGAGCGUCUCUACGGCGACGUGACGUCUCUGUGCAGCAGAAUCGAGCUGCUGCCCUGCAGCUCCGCCAGAGACCGCCUCGCCCAAUCAGAGAUGGCGAAGCGCGUGGCCAACAUCCUGCGGGUGGUGCUGAGCCUGCAGCAGGGCGACGCCGCCUCCGACUCCUGCGUGCCGCUCAGCCAGCUGGCGCCGCACAUCAGCCGCCUGCCGAUGCCGGAGGACUACACGCUGGAGGAGCUGCGAGGCCUCACGCAGUCGUACCUGCGGCAACUCACCGUCAGCCAAUGAGAGCGCAGAACAGCAGCGGAGGGCCGAUUGAAGUUUAAAGAAGGUGUUGAACUGUCCGCUGCUCAGACAUCAUGGAAUUCUGAAAAAAAGGAUUAAAAAAAAAAAAGAUAAAAGGAGCUGAAACACAAACGGGAAACGAGUUUGAGUCGUUUGUUUCCGAGGAGGGAACCGCUCCACGACUCGGUUCCGGAGUUUGUUCUCGUCGGUUCUGGACGCCGUCUGUUUUGAAAACAGGCACAAAGCUGCGAUACGUCAUUCCUCUUCGUCUGUCUGUGUGUGUGUGUGUGUGUGUGUGUGUGUGUGUGUGCGUCGCUUCAGGGGAGAGUUAAAAAAUAAGAAACAACAGCACUUGACCGGAAGUUCCUCCUCAUUCAGUCACUGUUAACCGUUUAAAACCACGUUAACCAACCGGGUCACAGGAACCAAAAUUAUGUUUUUGUUUCACCAAAUCUACUUUGUUUUUUCACACCUGCCUCUGGAUUCUUUUACCUCGUAGAAUACAACAAAGAUCUUCUGGUGCUAACUGGGAGUUCUUCUGUUCCACUGGUUUCCGUUUAUUCCUGUUGAGUGUGAAAGUCGCUCCACAGACUCUUGAAACCUGCUGCAUUGUAAUCAAUCUUUAUUAUCAAGUCUGUUCAUUUAUGUCAAAGUUUAACUGAAGUUGUGAAAUCAUUUCCUGCAGACUUUCAGAUCUAUCUGUGUUUAAACUGCAUCACGUGAAGAAAACCUUUUUCAUCAGGGAGUUCUGUCUCCAAACAAUAAGACAAUACAAACAUUGAAGCGUCUGUAAUGUUCUAGUACCGAUAGUUUCCAGAGUCUGCUAAAGAUUUUAAUACUAUGCAGAAAUGAAUGGAAACCAAUCGGCAGAAAGGGAAAAAAAUCUAAUUAAAAAGUAGCUAAAACGUUCCAACUGUAAAACGAUCCGUUCUCUCUUUCAGCUGUAAACUCGUUCACACGUUCUGUUGUUUAUUAUUUUAAAGUUCUCCCCAGAAACCGACUUCUUUCCCUCUUUAACAGAGUUAUUUUGUUGGAGUGGCGUCUUUGUAACGGCACUUCACUAUGCAUGUGAGCGUGUAAAUGUGACCUCGUUUGACCUUUGACCCCAAAGAAAGUGACGCGUUAUCGAUUUAGCUCCGACAAAAGAGGAUUAUUUUUUUUUUUCUUCGAAAGAUUUGGUUUUAUGAUAUGCGUGAACAAAAAAGCAGCCGUUAGCUUAGCAUAGUGUGACAGUAGCAUCUGUUCAUCUGUCGAUAUGUGAAUAAAGACGAUUAUCUGAAUGCGAGCGGCGGCGGCGUUCAGACGGGUUCCACGUGAACGACGUGGGUUUGAUUCUGAGGAAAGCUCAACAUGCAAAAUGUCUGAUGGUCUAUUUUUGUAGAUUUCUGUUUUGUUUGAAUG